AUGGAAAGCCAACCCCCUCCCGCCGGCCGCCCCCCGUGGUUCCGACUGGCCUCCAUCGCCCGCCAAGAAGCCCCGCCACAACCCCCGCCACCUCCAAGCCGGCCGCCCAUCUUUUCUGCAUUACGGUCGCGUGCCGAUCAGCCCACAGCCCAACCAACGCCAACGCCGCCGCCGCCGCCGCCGCCACCGUCGAUAUCGCCGCAACUGCCAGCGGCGCCCAGCACGGGCAACGGCAUUGCCGUCACGGGCGAGCAGCAAGCAUCCAGGCCGUCAACCGCACCGUCCCGACCUGCGACGCCUCAAUCCCCGAAAAUCAUCAAGACUUCUUCCCAGACGCCGCCCCUGUCCCCGAAGGCGUACCACCCGUUGCCCGCUGCCCCCAACCCGGAGCCUGAACCAAAGAUCAUACCAACGACCCCGAACCAAACAGGGAGCAUUGCUGCGAAAGGCGACAGCGAGAAGAACGGUUCCAAGGAUGCCGCCAAUGGCUUCGGCAACCUGCAGAGAGACGAGCCUGCUGUCGAAGAUAAGCGAACAGCCUCCGAGACAAAGAAAGAAGACGCGAGAGCGCCGCCUCCUUCCUCGUUACAUCCGACGCGGAGACAUGAUGAUAACAAAAUGAGGAUCAUAACAUUAGCAGGCAAGAAUGUGGGGGCUUACAUGGAGCUCGGGCCUUCUCUUGCGAGGAAAGUCGAAGCGAGUGCUUCUGGGAGCCACGGCGGAAAAGCUGUUGGUGAGAACUCGGCCAGCAAAAGCCCGAAGCCCUUAACCACCACGGUGAACAGCAAUGUGCAGAGCAUCAACAACUCGUGGCUCAUCAAUAGCUCAUGCAAUCUCCGAAGCCCCGGUGUGCAUGUCAAACUCGUUAGCCGCCGCAAGUCCAAGAAUGGCCGCCCCGCCGAUCCCGUAAAAGAGAACCCAAAAUAAACAUGCACCCCCCUUUCUCAAUCCACUCAUUUAAGUCUCUAUUAUAACUAAUAUUGCCUUGGGGUUAUAUUUAUAUUUGCAUGGUGUGUUGACAGUGUUGUAUAACUAAAUUCUCUCUAUGAAUAACAGGCACAGCAUAUUUGUAAA